GGCUGCUGAUCAAAGGAUGCAAUCAGUGAAAAUGUAAUAAUGAGAUAAGGAAGGGCAGUUUGCGGUGUUUUUGUAAACACACAGCUGCAUUUAGUGUGUGUCUGUAAAAACUGCAGAGAUUCAGUGUGUGUGUGUGUGUGUGUGUGUGUGUGUGUGUGUGUGUGUGAGUGAGAGAGAGAGAGAGGAAGGAAGAGGGAGGGAUUGAGAGAGGAAAGUAGACAGGAGCUGGAGUUUAGGUUUUCUAAGCAUCUGGAUUACCGGUUGGACGCGCAGAGGAAAAAAGAAGGAUUUAUGGAAAAGUGUCUCAAAACUGAAGAAAAGAAAGAAGAAACGCAUUAGAAGAGCAGUGGAGGAGAAAGAAAAGGAACACAAGGAGGAGAAAGUGACUUUUCGAACGGGACAGGAGCGCCACUGGACUGAGCAGCAGGAAUGUUGCCGGUGAUCCUGACGGUUUACCUCAAUGACACCCAGCAGAUGCUAACCGAGGUCCCAGUAACUCCGGCAACCAGAGUGAUUGAUGUGGUUGAGUACUGUAAAGAGGCUGGCGAGGGAGAAUGUCACCUAGCUGAAGUAUGGAACGGGCAUGAGCGAGUUCUCCCUCAGGAGUUGUUAUUGUUGGAUCUCCUUCAGCAGUGGGGGGCCAGGAGGCCAGAGGUCAGCUUCUACCUCAGACACUGCCCCGCCUGGACACAAGGAAGUCAGCAACCUCUGGAGCAGAGCUGGACCACAGAGGCAACAGAGAGUGCUAAUGACAACGUUCCCCGUGUGGAGCUGACCCUCUCUGAGCUCCAGGAAAUGGCCACAAGACAACAGCAACAAAUAGAGGCUCAGCAACAGAUGUUGGUUGCCAAGGAGCAGAGACUGAGGUAUCUUCAGCAGGGAGGCAGACCCAACCAGGGACAGACACAGUCUGAAGCUGAGAAGCUGCAGCGGCUGAAGGAGCGAGUGGAGACUCAGGAGGCAAAGCUGAAGAAGAUCCGAGCCAUGAGAGGGCAAGUGGACUACAGCAAACUGAUCAACGGAAACCUCUCUGCUGAAAUUGACCAUGUGAGCAGCUUGUUUCAGGAGAAGCAGGCAGAGCUGCAGUCUGCAGUGAUCAGAGUUGACCAGUUGACUCAACAAUUGGAGGAUUUAAGAAGAGGACGCCUUCAGCUACACUCAUCUCAGGGGGCACCCACUGGGCCCCAGGGUGCAACCACUGGCCAUAAAGGAUCACCUCUGUCUGGCCCUGCAGCCCUGGAGCUGAGGAAACUUUACCAGGAGCUUCAGGCUCGUAACCGUCAUAACCUUGAGCAAAGCAGCAAGUUGGCUCAGAACAAGGAGCUGCUGAACAAGAGAAAUGCCCAGGUGACGGUGAUGGAUCAACGCAUCGGUGACCUGAGGGAACGUCUGCAUAAAAAGAGAGCAGAACUGAGUCGUAUGAACGGUGGAGGCCUAUCCUCCCCUCAAACCUCGUCCCACCCUAGUGGUGGAGUUUCGGGUCGAGUUGCGGCUGUCUGCCCCUACAUCCAGGUUCCAGCUGAGGGGAGACAGGAGGCGGGUUACCCCCUGCCAGCUGACCCGCCACCCAAACCCACCCCACUCAGCCACAUCCGCUCGGUCUCAGAGGAGGACAGGAGUGGCAUCAGGAAGCCUCCCAGCCAAUGGAAAGUGUCAGAUUUAGACAUCGUCCUGUCAGAGCCCACUGAGUCGUGGGAGGGACCCGGGUCCCCUCAAGGGGGCGACAGUAACAACACCAAUGAAGCUUCAUGGCCCAGCAUCAGUAAGAGUGUACCAGACUGGAGGACCAACAGUCCAGAACAGCUUCCCUCUGGUUAUGGUACUUACCCCAGUGCCACCCACCAGGCAGCGGGACAUCACUGUGCCACUAGCUCCCUGCCCCGUUCUGCCCCUGGUACACUGGGCUGGCCCCGAUCCAGCGCUGCCAAUGCCACGUCCUCCUCUUCUUCAUCUUCCUCUUCACAGCAAAUACAGCAGCGUAUUUCUGUCCCUCCUAAUUUAAGUCAAGGUUCUGCCACCACCUCCCAGCCCUCUCCACUGUCCCCACAAACAGAGCGGACAGAUCCCCCUCCGGCUGUGGCUGUUCGUCCCUACGUUCCGGAUCAUCCCUCCAGGCCACAGUCCCCCAGGAAGGGCCCCGCCACUAUGAACAGCAGCUCCAUCUACAGCAUGUACCUCCAACAGCCUCAAGUCAAAAACUAUGGGUCGCUCAGUAACAGAGCUACUGUCAAAGCAGUCUACGGUAAACCCAUCCUGCCCACCUCCUCCACUUCUCCAUCCCCUGUGCCUUUCCUCCAGGGAGGAGGAGGAAGAGCCGCAGGGGAGGAUGUUACAGAUAAAGAGGGAGGAAAAGGUGAAGGAGGAGAGAGCAGCGACGGGCAAAUUCUGCCACCACCCAGCGUGGACAACAUCCCUCGUCCUCUUAGUCCCACUAAGCUCACCCCAGUUGCCCACUCCCAGCUACGAUACCAGAGUGAUGCAGACCUGGAAGUUCUGCGGCGACGCCUCAGCAAUGCUCCGCGACCCCUCAAGAAACGGAGCUCAAUCACUGAACCUGAAGCUCCACAGGGCCCAAACAUCCAAAAAUUGCUGUAUCAGAGGUUCAACACGUUGGCAGGAGGCAUGGAGGGAAGCUCAGGCAACACUUUCUACCAGCCUGAAUGCCUUUUGGGUGAAAUGGACAACAUCCAUUCAGCUAAUGGGAAUGUGGAGCCUGGUGACAAGCAUGUCAGUGUGACGGCCGUGGAGUCUGAAGUUCAAAACCUGAACUCAGACUCCCGCCGCUUGUCUCCUCCCUCUGUUGCCGUGGAAACAUCCAAAGAGACAACAACAUCAGUCGGGAUGAGCAACAAUGUCUCUCCGUCCACCCAACCCAGUCCAUCACCUGCCCCUGAUAGGCCAGAGGACCAGAAUAAUAACAACCAUCGAGGAUCUAGUCCUGCCCAAAACUCAGGAGGCCACGCCUCCCCUUCUCCGUCACCCCCUGCUCCACCGUCACAGCCUAAGGUGCCUAAGGCAAAGCGAACAAACCUGAAGAAGCCAUCAUCGGAGCGGACAGGCCACGGUCUUAGAGUCAAGUUUAACCCUCUCGCUCUGCUGCUGGAUGCGUCAUUAGAGGGAGAGUUUGAUCUGGUGCAGAGAAUUAUAUAUGAGGUGGAAAACCCCAGUAUGCCAAAUGAUGAAGGCAUAACUCCUCUUCAUAAUGCUGUCUGCGCUGGUCAUCACCAUAUUGUUAAGUUCCUGCUGGACUUUGGAGUGAAUGUAAAUGCAGCCGACAGUGACGGAUGGACUCCUCUGCACUGUGCAGCCUCAUGUAACAGCGUCCACCUCUGUAAGAUGCUGGUGGAGUCGGGAGCGGCCAUUUUUGCCACAACAAUUAGCGAUGUUGAAACGGCGGCAGAUAAAUGUGAAGAAAUGGAAGAAGGCUAUACCCAGUGUUCUCAGUUCCUCUAUGGUGUGCAGGAAAAGUUGGGUGUGAUGAACAAGGGCUUAGUGUACGCUCUGUGGGACUACACCGCCCAGCAGUCUGAUGAGCUGUCCUUCAGUGAGGGUGACACCCUCACCGUGCUGCGUCGCCGUGACGACACUGAGACAGAGUGGUGGUGGGCGCGACUGAACGACCGCGAGGGAUACGUACCCAGAAACCUGCUGGGGCUGUAUCCAAGGAUCAAACCCAGACAACGCUCACUGGCAUAAAGCCCAGAUCAGGAGCCAAGUGCACAUGCAGAGGGCACAUGCACUCAGAAAAGAAGAAGAAGAAGAGGAGGAGGAGGGAGGAGCAGCACGCAGCAAAGAAAGACAGGAGAAAAGGGUGGAGGUAUUCAGGAGGCUGAGACAGAUUGGAUUUUGUUUUAUCCAUUCGCUUGGAUGCAACAGAGCCACUUUCUGGUAGAAGCAGAAUACAUUUUCACUGAGUUGCUGAGGAUAUUACCUCUUGUUUUAAGCGAUAAUAGCUUGACAACUUUACAGGAGUUCAGCAGCAUGAGGGAUGCUGAAUUAAAAAAAAAAAAAAAA